AUGUCAGCAAACGAAUUCUACUCAAGUGGCAACCAAGGGCAAUACAACCAGCCAAAUAACCAAGAAAGGACUGGUGGCCCCAACAACGACCAAUACAAUGGCGAUAAUUCUAAUCCUAACGGUGAACGUGGCUUGUUAUCCACUAUCGUGGGCGGGAGUGCCGGUGCAUACGCUGGCUCUAAGGUAUCAAACAACCAUUCCAAGUUAAGUGGUGCAUUGGGUGCAAUCGGUGGCGCAUUCCUUGCGAACAAGAUAUCUGACGGGCGUAAAGAGCACAAACAGCAAGAAGAAUACGGCCAAUACGGCAACUCGAACUUUGGCGGCGCUCCUCAAGGUGAAUACAACAACAACAACAACAACCGUCACCACAAUAAUAAUAAUAACAAUAAUAAUGGCGGCUUUGGCGGUCCAGGUGGCCCAGGUGGCCAAGGUUUUGCAAGACAAGGCCCACAAGGAUUCGGAGGUCCAGGUACACAAGAUUUCGGUGGCCCAGGCCCUCAAGGCUUUGGUGGCCCAGGUCCACAAGAAUUUGGUGGGCCAGGUGGUCAGGGAUUCGGCGGUCCAAACCCUCAAGAAUUUGGAGGUCAAGGUCGUCAAGGUUUCAACGGCGGUUCACGCUGGUAA